AUGGGUAAAAGGAACCAAUUUACUUACCCAGACCCAGCACAGAGCAAUGAGGCUUACUACGGCCCUAACUACCCUUACGAUGUACCUCCAGCUGCAGCACAGCCGGUGCAACAACCCCUUGAUGCUCUUGCCCAACAAGCUUACUACGAGCCUUACUAG